AAAUUUGCAUGGAAGGAACACGAUUUUCUUCCAAACUGAAAUCAAACACUACGUGCUAUUACGACUCUUGGACUCUCGUCUCCUCCUCCACGCGCCGCCGAGAUCAGACCAUCGCCUCCGGACAUUGAAAUCGUAGCAGCAAUACGGUGGAAGGCAACCCUCACAUUGCCAGGUUUUGAACGGAUUAUCAUUAUUUUUCGAUCAUUAAGAUCAGCGUUAUCUGACAGAAAUAAGCCUUGUGGUGAAAGUGCUACUUUUGGUGCAGAGUCUCCUCUUAUAGGAAGUAUGCUGCUCUGUGUUGAGACACUGCAAAUAUCUUUUCUUCAGAAACCAAGCCUGCAUCAAUAAAAGAUUAUGGUUUGGGUUCAAGGAAUUGGAAGAAUGCAGAUCCCCAGUACAAAAAGUCACCAUAAACGCCAGUGUUACUGCAGUAUCACUAGUGCACAUACUCCUGUUUCUGUUAUCAGCAUCAACGAACCCUGAAUUUGGACUUUCCUGAUGCGAAGCCUUUGUCUCCUCAAGUUUGCUGAGCAGUGGAAGCAGCAAACAGUUGAUCCCACCAAUCUUGGGACUCUCUGUAUGAUAAUUUUUAACGGCCAAUGUUGGAAGCUGUACAUGAGAUUGCCAUUUACAUUCACCGAUUUCACAACCUCGACUUGUUUCAGCAAGGAUGGUAUCAAAUCAAGGUCACAAUGAGAUGGGAGGAUGAAGAUUAUGGUUCUGUGGGUACUCCAGCAAGAGUUAUUCAAUAUGAAGCUCCUGAUUUGGAUUCUGAAUAUGUGCAUGGAAUAUGGAGAAUUGAUGAUGUGGACCACAGCUUCUCAACACACCCUUUUCGAAUUAAAUAUGCAAAGCAGGAUGUUCCGCUGUCAAUGAUGGUCACAUUCAACUUAUCACCUAGUACAUUGGAGGUUCCAUCCACAUCAGCUGUUAUUCUGACUUUUGAGCUGCUGUACACUCCUGUGCUGGAGAGCAGGGGUUAUCUUCAAGAUUCUCUGGAUAAUACUGCUUCAGUGCAUGAAUUUAGGCUCCCCCCUAAAGCUCUUUUGGGUUUGCAUGCCUAUUGCCCAGUUCAUUUUGAUGCUUUUCAUUCUGUGUUAGUUGAUGCUACUGUACAUGUGAGCCUGCUGAAAAUGGAUUGCACUUCCUCACCGAAGGUACCCAGUGAUCCCACUGCUAUCAAAGAGGAUAUCAGGGAGUAUGACAAUACAAAGCAGGUGAUGCUUGUACAUGCACUAUCAUGUUCUAGUGGCAUACUAUUGGAAGAUUUACAAAUGCUUGGCCAGGCCAUCAAUCAACCAGUUGAUAUGGAAGAUAUUACUUCUAGCGAAUUAUUUGGUUCCUCACCCAGAUCAGAUCAAGAAAUUCCUGAUGCUGAAGUUUCAGGACAUAUUUCAAGCAAAAUCAGAAAAUUUUCUGAGAAACUAGAUGGUGAAGGUGACUUUUAUAAUAACAAAACUUUUCAGCUAUCUGAGGUUAAAUUACUUGAAUUAAUUGAUUUGCUGGGCGAUCAAGUCUCAUACUUAUGGAGCAUAUUUUUGAAAUUUCACAGGGCUAACAAAAGGAAGAUUCUUGAAUUUCUCCACACCCAGUGGGCUAUCGACCGGAAAUCUGAAUGGUCAAUGUGGAUAGUUCGCACUAAGGUUAAGAUGCCCGAGCAAUAUAUAGGCUGUUGGGUUGAUGAGUCUUCUUACCAGCCUGUGCAGGGUAGACCUGCCAUUCCACAGAAGAUAACUGGUGAUCCUGCACAGACUGCUGCCAAUCAAGCAGAGCUUCUUAGGCAGAGUAUUGCAACGAUGAUGAUUGAGAAUAGGUCUAUUCAAGACAUGCAUAUAUAUGGAGAUCCAUUACACGUCCCUAUUGUAAUUGUAGAAGAAGCUGUCAAUGCACCUAUGCGUGCAAUGCGUAGAAACUCUUACUUCAGCCGAGUGGACCAGAAUGAUAGGAAUGGUUUAUUUCCUGGGUUUGACACUGACCCGGAAAACGCAUUAUCUGGUGUCAGCACUCGCCCAAAUGGCCGCGCCCUGAAGAUUGUAGUUUUUGUCCAUGGAUUCCAGGGACACCAUCUGGACUUGCGUCUUAUUCGCAAUCAAUGGCUCUUGAUAGACCCCAAGGUGGAGUUUCUUAUGUCAGAAAUUAAUGAGGAGAAAACAUCUGGAGAUUUUAGAGAAAUGGGGCAGAGGCUAGCAGAAGAAGUUGUAUCAUUUGUGAAGAAGAAAAUGGAUAAAGUGACUCGAUCUGGUGUCUUGGGAACAAUCAAACUCAGCUUUGUCGGGCAUUCGAUUGGAAACAUAAUUUUGAGAACUGCACUAACUGAUAGCAUUAUGGAACCAUAUCUGACAUACUUGCACACAUAUCUCUCUGUCUCUGGCCCACAUCUUGGUUAUCUUUACUGCUCGAACUCGUUAUUUAAUGGGGGUUUGUGGCUCAUGAAGAAACUCAAGGGCACACCAUGUAUCCACCAGCUCACUUUUACUGAUGAUCCUGAUCUCGAAAAUACGUUCUUGUACAAACUAUGCAAGAAAAGGACUUUGGAGAAUUUCAGGAAUGUUAUUCUGUUGUCUUCACCUCAGGAUCGCUACGUUCCAUAUCACUCUGCUAGAAUUGAGAUGUGCCCAGCAUCUUCAGGAGACCAGUCGAAAAAGGGGAAGGUUUUCUUGGACAUGCUAAACGAAUGCUUAGACCAAAUACGAGCAAGGUCCUCAGAGCCUCGAGUGUUCAUGCGCUGCGACGUCAACUUCGAUCUGUCCGCGCAAGGGAAGACCAUCGAUACCAUAAUCGGCCGUGCUGCUCAUAUUGAGUUCCUGGAUUCCGACAUCUUUGCCAAGUUUAUAAUGUGGUCCUUCCCAGAAUUGUUUCGAUGAUCACCAGGUUGUUGUUGUCUCUGUCUCCCUACACUACCAUCAGUGGUAAACGUACAAAAAAAGCAUCGGAAAGGCUACACUAUUAUUUAGAUUUGCACGCAGUCAUUUUUGAGUUCA